UGUGACGCAGUUUUAUGGAAAUGGCCAUUUUCAAAAGAAAUGGUUCUCUCCCUCCCCUCUUGGUUCAACUGUAUAAAGCAGUGAAAGUCUGUUCUCUCUUGAACUUCUCUCAGAAUGGAGUCAGUGCUGAGAUAUCUGGACUGGAAAUCAGUGGGCUUGGCCCUGCUGGGGGGUCUGAUCUCUCUGUUUCUGCUGGAGAUUUUUAGGUUGAACUCUAUCAGGAGCAGCUGCCCCCCUGGACCUAAACCACUUCCCUUUGUGGGUAACCUGCCGGACUUCUUCAGGGAUCGAAUGGCCUUUGUCAAAUUGAUGCCGAAAUAUGGUGAGAUGUGCUCCAUACACCUGGGCAAAAAGCAAACGAUUGUGCUGAAUAGCAUGCAGAUUUUGAAGGAAGCUUUCGUUCAGAAUGGUGCCAUUUUUUCUGGGAGACCAUCAGUGCCAUUACUACACUGGAUCCAUAGAGGGAAAGGUAUUGUGAUGGCCUCGUAUGGUCACUCUUGGAGGCAGCAGCGCCGCUUUGCUCUGCACACGCUGCGUGAUUUUGGUCUGGGAAAGAAAACUGUGGAGGAACGUGUGGCUGAGGAGGCACAUUACCUCAUCAAGGAGAUGCUCAAACAAGAAGGGAAGCCUUUUUAUCCCAUCCACCUGUUUAUGAAUGCCGUUUCCAACAUAAUCUGCUCCAUCAUCUUUGGAGACCGCUUCGAUUAUGACAACAAGAGCUUUGCUACGCUGCUAGAAAUUCUGAAUAAAAACGUUCUGCUUUCUGGAUCAGCCGUGGGACAGAUAUUCAACUUGGUCCCAUUUAUAAAGUACUUUCCAGGGCCGCACCAGAGGAUACGGGAGAACGCCAGUGCCUUAAGAGAAUUUAUCCUUGAAAUUGUGGAGGAGCACAAGAAGACUUUGGACCCUGACAACCCCCGGGACUUCAUUGACGCCUACUUGAUUGAGAUGACCAAGCAGCAAGAGUCGAAGGAAGACUCUACAUUCCAUGUGGAGAACAUGAUAAAGUCGACCUCUGAUCUCUUCUCUGCUGGAACAGAAACUACAGCGAAUACUCUCAGAUGGGGCCUCAUUUACAUGAUGAACCACCCUGACGUGCAAGAGCGCUGUCAUGAGGAGAUCGUUCGGGUGCUGGGUUUUGACCGUCCUCCCUGCAUGGAUGACCGCGCAAGGCUCCCGUACACUUGCGCUACUGUUUAUGAAAUCCAGCGCUAUGCCAACAUCAUUCCUCUUGGUCUGGUGCACAUAACCACAGAACCAACGCAGCUACGAGGAUACCACCUGCCUGCGGGAACAGAUGUCUGGCCCAACUUAACAGCUGUCAUGACCGACAAAGAGCACUGGAAGUACCCGGACACGUUCAACCCAGAGAACUUCCUGGAUGAGAAGGGACAGUUCUGCAAAAACGACUACUUUCUGCCCUUUUCUCUGGGUCCGAGGGUGUGUCUGGGUGAGACUCUGGCCAGAACUGAGCUCUUCAUCUUCUUCACCUCUCUGCUCCAGCGGAUAAAGUACUCAUGGCCUCCUGGGGCUCCACCGUACAACACGGAAGGCAUAGUGGGUGUGAUCCGCUCUCCAUUGCCCUUCAAUACAAUCUGUCUCAGCAGAGAGACCACCCCCUGAAUCACAUCCACAUGGUCCGGCUUUACAUGUAAAUGUUCAGUACUAGAUCUGGAGGACUCCAAUUGCAGAACUAAAAGCUCAUUAUGAAGCUCUGAUUUAUACUUUGGAUUAAUGUACAUGAUCUUGCACCAAAUUAAUAAGCACAACAGUUUGUCUUUUUAUCUGUUAUACCUAACAUGCAGUUUAAAAUGUGUGCUAUUUUAAUAAUAGUUAUGUGAUUCUUUCAUCUCUUUUAUGCAGUGUACAUGUCUGUGUUAUUUUUUUAUGAAUGCACUUCUAAUAUUCUUUUCACAAUUUUAUUUAAGCAUUUGCCAGACUGCUACUGAUCACUUUGGAGAUUUAUACUGCCUGUUCUGCUUGUUAUAGUUCUGCUUAGAGGUUUUACAUAACCUGAAUUUCUUUGAAAAUAUGAAUGAUCUUGAAACAUGAAUGUAAUUUACAUUCCUGUGUUUGCCUGAGUAAAUUACACCCAAGUUUAAAUAGUUACAAAGUUUGAAAUAGUUAUUAAGGGUAAGUUUUUGUUUGACUGUAAUUAGUGUCUGUGUAUAAAUAGCCAAUGAAUUUCUCAGCUCUUGAGUGACCCCUGCACAUUUCAUCUAGGACUGCACUGACUUUGCUGGACCACUGAGCCACGUGAAAGGCAAAAAAAAAAAAAAACUGUCAAAUGACCUACAAGAAAAGGUAGAUGAAAUCAGAAAAUUUGAAAAUGCUAAUCAUUAGUGUCCAAAAGUGGGAAAUUAGCGGUUCUGUUGAUACAAAAACACAGUCAAGUCAAAUCAAAUCGUGUUUGUCACAACACAUUUACA